AUGGGCUCUACUAAUUACUUGGGAAAGUCAAAAUCCGCGGGUUAUAAAGGGAAGAGUGGCUCUAGUAUCUGUUCAGAUAAGGAUAUGAACGGGAAAUUACGAAGGACUAAGAUAAGGCGGCCGAUGAAAUUGAACGAGUAUGGGCUAAAAAGGAUCCCUGAUUAUACAGAAUUGGCAUACAAAGAAGCUGUUUCUAAAUUGAGAUAUUUCUUAUCUGGAAACUAUGCGCCUAGUUUACGCAGCUAUGGUGGUUCAGCUUCCAUAAAGAAUUUAGACGAGUCGGACGGGGACCUCGACAAGAAGUAUAUGUACCUAUCAGAAUAUAAGCCCAGGCCGAAGUUGACGGCUAAAUACGCGACGCUAUACGCUGACAGUCUUAACAAUUAUACGCCUCAACAUGUCCCCACAGCCACAGCAGCGGCGCCGGCGGCCUCUGCAGGCGAGUUAUCUGGCGGUACCAACCCUGAUGUCAUCAACUUCAUACAGAAGCAGGAAGAGUACAUCGAGCAAUUAGAGAGAGAAAGUCAAUACUGUAGAGAUGAAUUGAACAAUCUGCUCGGUAAAGUAAAGGAGGUGAUAUCAGAGAACGAGCACCUGCACGAGGCUCAGAAGAACAAGCUGAUCACCCGCAUGUUCCACUCGUACAACGCCGGCUCCGAGACUGAUGAACUGGACGAACUGGCUGAUAGCACCGGAUUGGACAGUGAUAACAAUAAGACGUCUCCUAAAGCCAGGAAACCGUCGAAAUAUCGAUCAACCAGACUCGAAGGACCGAAUAUUGUUUUCGAGUCUCGUAUAGCCGAAUUAGAGGCCCAGUUAACUCAAUCGAAGAUCGAUUUGAAGAAAUUACAAGAUGAAAAUAAUGAGAACAAACGCAAACUAGCCUCUGGGCUGGUUGAUACAACCUGCUUAGAUGGCUUCAAAAGGCAAAUCGAUAAUUUGCAAAGAGACAAGUCAUCCUUGGAAAACCAAAUAUCCAAGUUGAAGCUGAACUUAGAAGAGAAGGAUGGUGACUCGGAUGGCAGAUACAAGCGUGGCUCCGAUGUGGUGGAACAGCAGCUCAGGGAAGAGAGGAACAAUUUGGAAAUUGAAAUACGUAGACUCAAGGAUGAACUUGCAAAAGAGCGGUCCAAGAUACGAGAGCUAGCGGGCGAAGGCGCGCGCAGAGCUAUACAGGAGAGAAGUGCAGCGGAACAACGCUAUAACGCACACUUCGAUGAGUUACAACACGAUCUUGCAGCUCAAUAUGACAAUGUCUCCAAGUUGCAGCUUGAUCUUGAACGUCAACGUCGAGAAGAAAAUGAGCUUAAACGAGAGCUGUCCAUGAAGAACGCAGCAGUGGAAGAACUUAAAAUGGAGUUAAAGAAUAAAACAGCUUCACUGCAAGCGGAUCUGGCCCAAGCUCAUGCUGAGAAGGCUUCUCUUGACGAGGAACUGGCCAGCGCCAGACUAGCUAUGGAACGUCAGCAGCGACAGGCCAAACAUGAAACCAAUCGCCUUAAUUCUGAGAUACAAUCUCUCCGUCAGCGUUUGGAUCGCGCGGAUGCUGACUUGGUUCAUUCCCGCAGAGAGAAUCUACGUCUCACGGAGCAAAUUGCUACACUUGAGAAGGAAUUAAAUAUGAAAAACUUGACACCGAUAUCUCCACAGAAGAUUAAGAAGGAGAAAGAAUUGUCAACAAUGCUGGAAUCUAUGGAAAAUAAGCAUGCUAAAACUGUCGCUGGGUUGGAGUCCAUGAUACAAUCCCAAAACAGUCUGAUGGAGAAACUCACCGGCGAAUGUCGUUUGCUAACAGACAAGCUCGACGACGCAAAUCGUAGGCACAAGGAAGAACUGGCCGCUCUGCACCGUCAAGUAGAGAGCCUGGGAAAGUCGCUGCAACCGGCUACUACACCCUCACCUAGCGCUUAUCAAGCACCUUCCACGUACGGUUCCACAGCCAGCAGAGAUGUACCACAUACCACGCCCAAUACCAGACCAGACAAUACCAGAGCUGACGCCGCCAGAUACACCGACUAUGGAGACCCAUCGCUCCCAAGCAUCCAAUCAAACGGAAUUGACAGGAACAACGACCAAGCUGUUAGAACAGUAAGGCAAGACUCUAGAACUUCAUUACAUCAAGAUACAGUAAACACUGAAGACAUAACCGCUAAUAAUUAUGCAGAAUUGACACCAACCCAAGAUGUUAUUCAAGAUCCAGAAACAAUACACAAAGAAGAAGAAAAGCAAAUGGAAGUUGAGCAUAACCAAGAGUACGAAAAAGAACCACAAUAUGAAGAAGGUAAUUUUAAUUACGAUCAGAGUUAUGAACAAGCCCCUGUUACUGCUGAUACUGAAUAUCAAAACCAACAAUACCAAGAAAAUUAUGAGCAACCAGCUUACACUGAACAGUACGAGAAUUAUGAACAAUAUCCUCAACAAUAUGUCGAUCCUAACGCACAGUAUGAAGGACAAUAUGAGAACUACGGUACUGAUGGAAACUACGCCAAUCAGCAAAAUUAUGAUAACACCGGGUACAAUCAAGAAUACGGUACAGAAAAUCAAAUAGCAAAUGACCAAAUAAGUCAAGAACAGAAUGUUGUAAGUGAAAGCAAAAGAAGUAAUUCGCCUAAUGAAAAAGUAUAUAGUCAAAGUUAGCGACAUUUAUAAGAGUUGCGUUUAUUUUUUGUGCAAUAUUUGUUAUCGUUUUAAUUUUUAUUUUAUAAUGUAUUGUGUUAGCAUUAUAGGGAGUAAUUAUGAAUAUUUUUAGGCUUUCAAUGUUAGACAAGUUGUUAAAACAAUUGUCGAUUAGAAUUGUCUGUAAUGUGAGGGCAUGAUACGUGCAUGGGAAAAAAUCAGACUAGGGAUUUAGAAUGCCUAUAAUCACUACGUAAGCAAUAACUUUUUGCGAUUAUGGUACUGAAAUUCAUAGAAUGGACGAAAUUAAAAAAUAAUUAUAGCUUCAUUCGUACAACGUGCCAUAAUUUUGCACAUAUGCAAUUGUGCACAUGAUCUCAACUAAUUCGAUUAUUACUAUAGAUAAAAAUACCUAAAUAGUACUUUUUUCUGUUAAAUGCCGGAUAGUU